CCGAUCCAUGUUUCCUCUCCUAUUGAAGACCGGCAAUCGACAUUCGCAGGCCGAAUAUAUCGCAUUAACUCCGUGAAGGAAGUCGAGUACAUAUCGGCCAACCUCAACACAGGCGCAGAUCACAACAUGGCUGCGUGGAGAACUCUGUCGUUGAAACCCGGAAGAACUGGUCUCACGGGACCGGAUGACUUUCGGGUCGAGUCUGCCAGCAGAGACGACGGAGAGCAAUGGGGCGGGAAGCGCAUACUCGGAAUAAUGGAGAAAGAGGGUGUAUCUGAUGCGCUUGUUGUAGUCUCCAGAUGGUACGGGGGUGUGCUUCUGGGACCGGUGCGGUUUACGCAUAUCGAGGAUUGUGCGCGAGAAGUGUGCCAAUUCUUCAAAUCGUACGAGGAGGUCGAAGAAUUGAUCACUCGACUGGCUGCCCUGGAUAACGAACUCGCGGACCUGCGGGCCGAACCAUCAGCUCCAAAGCCGUCGCCUCCGGAUGGGACCGGAAGUAGCGAGACGGCUAUGACCGCAUCACCGACGAAGCGGCAAACGUCGUACGAGCGACUGUUGAAGAGCAAACCGCCUGACGUAGGCACGGCUCAGCGUCUGAUAAAGGCACGGGAGAAGGCAGUCUCGAGCGUGAAGGCGGUUCUGAGCCGCGGAGGCGCCGCGGCGAGAGAGCGCAUUUCCGAUGAGAGA